AUGUCUAAGGUAUAUUUCGACGUGGAGGCCGAUGGCCAAUCAUUGGGUAGAAUUGUAUUUCAAUUGUAUAACGAUGUAACCCCAAAGACAGCCGAAAACUUUAAGGCGCUCUGUACUGGUGAGAAGGGAUUCGGUUACGCCGGUUCUCCAUUCCACAGAGUUAUCCCAGACUUUAUGUUGCAAGGUGGUGAUUUUACUCACGGUACUGGUGUUGGUGGUAAGUCAAUUUAUGGCGGUAAGUUCCCAGAUGAGAACUUCAUCAACAAGCACGACAGACCAGGUUUGUUGUCUAUGGCCAAUGCUGGACCAAAUACCAACGGUUCCCAAUUUUUCAUCACCACUGUUCCAUGCCCAUGGUUAAACGGUAAGCACGUUGUGUUUGGUGAAGUUAUUGAGGGUAUGGAUGUUGUCAAGAAGAUUGAAUCUUUAGGUUCUUCUUCUGGUGCUACUAAGUCUAGAAUUGUUAUUGCCAAGUCUGGUGAAUUGUAG